AUGUCUCCUGGAAAACUGAACGUGCUACGCUCACGGUCGAGCCGCCACUCCAGGCAGGGUCUCGCAAUCUCACCUUUAUCCGUAUUCACGUCGCGGCCAGGUGACGGUGGCGGAAAGGCACACGAGAGGGUUGACGAUCCGCCAGUUGAAGAGCCACUGGCCGAAGGAUGCCAGAAAUACCGCGCAGCAUCGACCGUCGUCGGUAUACCUGGUCUCGCUCUCCCCUGUCUGCGCCCUCUUCCGUGUCGCUCUUCUCCGCCAUCCACCUCCCCCUCCUCUUACCCCCUUCCGGAGGAUGCGACGGAGGGUGCCGUACACAGUCGAUGGUGGAAGGUUUGGGGGCUGACGCACGGUCUCACCACCGCCAAUCCCUGGAUGCUGGUGGCCGCGGCUGCGCCCUGCCGCGCCUUCCACAGCGAAACCACCACCGCCACUGCCGCCGCCGACGCCGCCGCCGCCGCCACCGCCGCCGCCGCCGCCGCCGCCGCCGCUGCCGCCGUCGCCGCCGCCGCCACCACCGCGACGGUGAGAGAGGGCGCCGCGGUGACCCGGUGGGCGGGGAGGACUCCGGGGCAGACGUUCCAAGCCCACCCCGACGGAGAGACACCGCCGAGACGCCCUGCCAUUGGGAGCCCUUCGGUCUUAACUCGAUUGUGAAUUCGGCUGAAAAGGUGGAGGGCCCGGGGACACGAGGAGCCAAGGAGUCGGUGAAUGACUCGAAGGACGAAGACGGA